GUCGUCGACCUACAGUCUUUCCAUCCUCAGAGAUAUCAUUCGAGAACCCCAUCAGAACAUUCUAUAUCACCUCGUGAAGAAUGCAUUUAUCCAUCCUCGCUGUUGUUAUUGCUUUGACAGCAUCCAUUUUUGUGGGUGCAUGUGUGUUAGAAGGAGAGGCUUGCAGAAAUAAAAUCGACUGCUGCAAUAACAAGAAUUGUAGAGCCAUUAAUGACAUAUAUGUAAGCAGGUUGCUGUGUAACCAUGAUUCAACUAUGACUCACCUGAGCGCCUUAGGGCUUGGGACAUCAUUCGUGCCGCUCAUGGUAAAGGUCGAAGCGGCAGCCCAAGCAGUAUGUCACGACAGUAAGUCCUGCUUCUGCCUUCGUUUUUUUAUCGUAGUUGACGGUGCAAUACCCAGUUCGGAGCCAAUCGAUACAGUUUCUUUUGGACAAAUUUUCAUACUGCUCGACAAUUUGGAUGUUUAAAUUUAUC